CGCUUUCACCAUCCAGCCGACAUCUCACUUCUCGCACUUCAGCGAAGUGCGCCUCUUCUCAACACAUCGGUCGUUGUCAUCUCAACUGACCCUCGUCGGCAUUUUCAGCCGCCCACGCUCUUUGCACGCACCACUCCCUCACCAAACACUUGCCCCUCGGCACAACAGUAAGAUGUCGACAGAACCAGACGCGCCGAAACUCGGCGGCCUCAGCUUGGGCGACGAAAAGAGCACCAAUUCCCCCGCGAACGGUACGAAGGCCAACCCUGCCGCCGCGAUUUUUACGCCAUCCGGUCCUGGCUUCAAAUGGUCCGAUGAGGAUGACUCGACCGCAACGGGCUCUGACAAGAAAACAGGCGGUGACGGAGCGGACAAGAAAGAUCUCGAGAAGGCUCAGGUCGAUGGCGCCGGUCACUUCAUGGCGGGCUCCAAAGGCUUGAACGAGCCAGAGUUUGACGUCAAUGUCAAGUUGGCAGAUCUUCAAGAGGACCCGAACAAUCCUCUUUACUCAGUCAAGAAGUUUGAAGAGUUGUCGCUGAAAGAAGAGCUCAGCACUGGUCUGGACCUUAUGGGAUUCCAGAAGCCCUCCAAGAUUCAGGAGCGCGCACUUCCACUGCUGCUCAAGGACCCACCUCAGAACUUCAUCGGUCAAUCACAAUCUGGCACAGGCAAGACUGCCGCUUUCGUCCUCAACGUUCUCCAACGCGUUGACCUUUCCAUCAACAAGCCACAGGCGCUGAUUCUCGCACCGACUCGAGAACUCGCUCGGCAGAUCGCUGGAGUCGCGACGACCAUGGGCAUCAAGCUUCUGGAGAAAGGCUUGCGAAUCUCGCAAUCGGUGCCAGACCCAGAGACCCGUGGGAAGCCCGUCGAGGGGCAAGUCGUUGUUGGCACACCAGGCACAGUGAUGGAUCAGCUGAAGCGGCGGCUACUCGAUGCACGAGGCAUCAAAGUCCUUACGCUCGAUGAGGCGGACAACAUGCUCGAUCUGCAGGGCAUGGCAGACCAGUGCAAGCGUGUCAAGCAGCAAUUGCCGAGGACCGCCCAGGUCGUGCUGUUCUCCGCAACUUUCCCACCAGACGUUUUGGCCUUUGCCGAGCAGUUCUCACCCAAGUCGAAUAUGAUCACCUUGAAGGUCGAGGAGCUGUCCGUUAAGGGCAUCCGACAGAUGUACCUGGACUGCCAGAAUGACGAGGAGAAAUACGCCGCCCUUCUCAAAUUCUAUGGCCUCAUGACGAUUGGGUCAUCAGUCAUCUUCGUCAAGCACAGAGAAACAGCGGUCCAGAUCGACAAGCGCAUGACAGCCGAGGGCCACAAUGUUGCCUCUCUGACAGGUGCAAAGGAGGGCGCAGAGCGCGACGAGACUUUCCGGAAAUUUCAAAAGGGUGAGGCAAAGGUGCUGAUUGCCACCAAUGUGCUGUCCCGUGGUAUCGACGUCUCCACUGUCACCAUGGUGGUCAAUUACGACAUUCCAGAGACGGUGGAUGGUCAACCAGAUUUUGAAACCUACUUGCAUCGCAUCGGACGUACCGGUCGUUUCGGUCGCACAGGUGCUGCGCUCAGCUUCGUUCACGACCGCAAGAGCUGGCAGAGUCUCAUGGCCAUCUGCAAGCACUUCGGUGUCGAGCCCACCAAGCUUGACACCAGCGACUGGGACGAGGUGGAGCGUAACAUCAAGGCGAUCAUGAAGAACUCUCGCAACAACAUCAACAUCGAGGAGAUCGACAUGUCUUGAGGACAUCUGAUUGUGGAUUGUUGAAACAGCAUGAUGGCAAAGUAUAAGCAUGAGCAUUGAAAGCAAGGGACGCAAGAGAGCACGCAUAUGGUCAUUCAUGCGUCCAGGCAGGCGAACCAUACCGUUCGAUGCCUAGAGACGAGACAUGAGGCCGAGCUCGCACUGCAGCUGUAGAAACGGGAUGGAACGCAAAGAGGAGCGAUGUGCCUGCCACGGAAGACCUGCAUGAGAUUGGGCAGGCCAAAACAGCAUUACAUUGAGACCUCGCGCGAUGAUAGAUACCCAGGCUAAUAAGGCCAAUAAUGAAGCACGAACUUCAGCAAAAGAGUCAACAUCUCCUGUUUCACCG